AUGGAUAACCUAUCAUGUACUGAUGAUCCCGUGAAAGAAGAAUAUAGCUUCUAUGAACACAUUGAUGAUUAUCUAAAAUAUGAAAGGUUAUGUAACCUUGAUAGGAAUUAUAGUGAAUAUAAUAAAAAAUGCGAAUCAAUUGGAAUAGAACUCGAUGAUAUGAAAGAACGUUCUAAUAUUUGCAAAAGAUUUCAUUGUUUAAUUGAUGAAAUUAAAAAAUCAAGGCCUAAAUCAAAUAACACUAAUAAAUACGCCGAUUUGGCAUACUUAAGGUAUUGGUUAAAUUAUGAAUUAUAUAAUAAAAAUGCCAACAUUGAAACAAAAGCUUUUCACAAACAUAUGAAGUCCAAGGAUAAAACAAAUGAAACCUUGAGUGAAUUAGAUACAAAAUUGGAUAAUAUAAUAAAAGAAGAGUUAAUAAAUAUGAAUUCAUUAUUUUAUUUAUCCGCAGAUUACAUUCAUAUUAUACGAACAACAACUAAAACCUGA